GCAAUCUGAACCGUGGAUUCCAACCAUAUCAGUUGCGCUGCACCGCACCGCGCCAGCAAUCUCACAGCUUCACAAUUCGAUUCUCUUCUCCUCGACGAUAAAAAUCCGAAAUCGGUAUCAACAAAAACGAAGACCAAGUGCAGACACUGCGAGGGAUUUGCUGUUUAGGGAAGAAAAAUGGCUGAUCACUCCGAUGAUUUAGACCAACUUCUUGAUAGUGCUUUGGAUGAUUUCCAGAAUCUCAAUCUUACUCCUCCCUCGCAAAGAAGUGGAGGAGGGGUUGGUGAAGAAAAGAAGCAAGAAUCUGCUUCCUUGCCUACUGAGGUUAGAGGAUUGGGAAUGGGAUUACCUGACUUGAACAGCAAGAAAAGGGGAAAGCAGAAGGUUGCAAGGGAUUCCCAUGUCACCGAGGCUCUUGAUAAGCUCAGGGAACAGACUAGAGAAGCUGUCAAGGGUUUGGAGUCAAUGGCAAAACCUGGUGCAGAUGAUUUUGGAAAAGAUGCAUUGGUGGAGGAUUGGAUCAAGCAAUUUGAGGAGAUGGCUGGUGGAUCACAGGAUAUGGAAUCUAUUGUAGAGAACAUGAUGCAGCAACUUUUGUCCAAAGAGAUUCUUCAUGAACCCAUGAAGGAAAUUGGUGAAAGAUACCCUAAGUGGUUAGAAGAGCAUAAAGAUAGUUUGAGCAAUGAGGAAUAUGAACGUUACUCCCACCAGUAUCAACUUAUACAGGAGCUUAAUGGAGUUUAUGAAAAUGAUCCUAGUAACUUCACCAAGAUUUUCGAUCUCAUGCAGAAAAUGCAAGAAUGUGGCCAACCACCGAACGAUCUUGUACAAGAGCUAUCUCCUGAUUUAGAUUUAUCUGCACUUGGCCAGUUGUCACCGGAGAUGCUUGAGUCACAGCAGAACUGUUGUAUAAUGUGAGGAGGCUCUAUGAUCCUCCAGUUGUCUCUAUAUAUAUAUAUAUAUUUUGGCCAUCUCCAGUUGGCUAUAAGAUGCUGUUUAGUAUUACAAUGUUAUGGAUAUUCUUUUAAAUGCGUUUCUUAGAAAUAAAGCAAGCUUCUAUUGUACUUUAUUUGUCUAUUCUAGGGGAUUUAUGCUCCCAAUUCCUUGUACAUUAGCCAGGAGGAGUGUGCUUACAAAUUAUGAUGCUUUGCAUUGCUCAGCAAUUUGCUUGGAAAAUUCUGAGAAGUCCGGACCAGACGGCGUAACAACUGCGCCAUUGAAUGAAGGGUUCUCUGCAGGACCCUUUCCAAGUCAAUUGCCAUUGAAUGAAGGAUUCUCUACAGG